AUGAAUACUUCUGAAGCGAAAGAUAUACUUUUUACUAUACAUAUCAAUGAUGACACAUAUAAUCAUUUAAAUCAAAGUCCUCCUAUGAGGAUAAAUGCAUUUCGUUCAGGAGUAAUAGUUACCGUUUCAACAAAUUCAAUAUUAAAUUGGAUCAAAUCGAAAUAUGUAGAUAAUAAAAAAAGGGUCCAAGUUUCGUUAAAAGGAAAAGCAGAGGUAAUAGGUUGUGAUUAUGUUAUUUUGCGUUGUAUUUGUUCUUGUGCAGAAGAAAAAGGAUUAAAAAAACCAAAUACUGGAUGUACAAUAUUUGAAAAGACAACCGGAUCCACUGGAAUAUCAAUAGCAAUGGUAUCUCGAGCUAAAGGAUAUAAUGCAUGGAUCGUCGUUCCUGAUGAUCAAGCUGAAGAGAAAUAUCAAUUAUUAGAAAAAUUAGGCGCCACAGUAGAGAAAGUGCGACCGGUCGGAAUUGUUGAUAAAAGACAAUAUGUUAAUUUAGCUCAAACACAUUAUAAAGGAACCGGACCUGAAAUUUUUCAACAAACCAAUGGAAAAAUUGAUGCAUUUAUAGCGGGAGCAGGAACUAUUGCAGGAAUAUCUCGCUAUCUUAAGCUAAAUCUUAAAAUUUAUCUAGUUGAUCCACCAGGUUUCGGAUCAUAUAAUAAAGCGAAAUAUAAUAUUAUGUAUUUAUCUUCGAGAGAGGAAGGUCUUUUCCUGGAAAGUUCAUCAGCUAUAAAUUGUGUUGGAUGUGUACGAGUUGCUAGACAAUUAGGACCGGGACAUCGUAUAGUGAUGAUGUUGAAUGAUUCUGAAUUUGACAAAAUUUCGGGACGUAAAAGUCCUGAAUUGAUCUGGCCUGGUUUUGUACUACCUGGUCCUAGAGCAAAGAUAGACUGGACUUGGUCCUAUAAGACUGGUCCUAGGGCCAGUUCAGGACCUGCUCGAAAUACCUCUAUCAAAACUGAUCAAAACCUUUCUUUAGAAGGAAAUAGCCUUAAUGUUACAGACCCAACUAAUAAGAAUCUUAUAUAUAGUAUUGAGAGAACAACACUUUUUUCCAAUAACUUUGAAGAAUCUAAGGCAUUAACAAUUAAGCACAGCAUCCAUAUUAAAUAUUAUGAAAAUACCCAUAAAUUUCCUGACCCUAAGUACAUGUUCAAUCUCAAGGCGAGGGGACUCACUACUUCUGAAAAAUUUGUUUCAUGGUGGGAUCAAGAACCAUCUAAAUUUUCAGAUCACAGUUGA